AUGGCCUCAGCAAGAACAUCCAGCCUGUCUCCUGGGAAUAUCAAGUAUAUUGCCAACCGGCCCGCCAUCCACCGCCGUUAUCCCUCACUGCCCUCAGCGCGCAAUCCUCGUCGUGCUGCGCCCCGAAGACGACCCCCUCCUCGCCGCGAUGGUGAUAACCGCGGCACGGCCAUCGUCGUCAAGGUUGGCGGCUCGCUCUUCACCCUCAGCAGGCUCCAAGGUCUCGUUGACAGCGCCCAUACCAACGGCAAGAUUCCGCGCCGAGUUGUCCUGCCGCGCGACUCGCUCGCCGCAGCAGCCAUGGUCGAGCGUUGGAAAGAUGUCAUUCUCGAAACCCGCCAGGCCGAGCGGGAGGCUGCUUUCAAGGCCAUCACGGAAGCAGAGGAGACAGCAGCUUCUGCCGAAGCAACUGCCCAGGCUAGCACGGACGACGCGCCGCAGGCGAAGCGUCCAUUUUUGUGGGCGACUGCUCGGACAAGGGGCAGCUCUGUUUGGCGGCCCGUGGAGACCACGACAGCGUCUGGGCGGGUGAAGAAGUUUCUCCGCAAAGUACCGGUCAAACCAGUGUUCGAAAGCCCGGCUCACACUAUACCUGUUGCCCCGAAUAUGCCUGUGAGCAAACCUGUCAGUGAACAGCCUGUCUGCCCGCCACUUUUUCCCGAGAGCCUCGCCACCGAAACACCAACUGUCCAGGUCACAGCCCCCAAGACCUCGACGGCGAAGACGUUGGCUGUCAAAGGGACGAACCCGACACCAGCCGCCUUACCAGAAGCCACUCAGGUGCUAGAUCUGGUGACGCCAACCAUCCCCAAGCCGGCGAGCAAGACCACAGUCGAUAGAGCGGAGCGUCCUUCACAAGCAAAAAUCAAGCCACUGGUGCUCAAGCCAUUUAACAAUGACUGGUUGACUAAAAAGAAGCCAGUCAGUAAGGCGCCAGCUCAGCAACCAGCGAGCAGCACACUAUCAACUGCCAGCAUGUCAAGCCUUCAGGUGCCAGCGCGUGAGACAGAAAAGACAAAGACACCAGUCAACCCACCUCUGGCCAGCAACCCAUUAACCGGGACGAUGCCCAUCAGCUCACACCCAGCCCUGCAGAAGAUAACCAUCAAGACAUCAGCUCAUAGCCCGGCCAGUACACCUCUGACAAGGAAAACACCAAGCAACAGUGCAGUCAAACCCAAAAUGUCGACCAGUUCAACGCCAGGUUCCAAGCUUAGACUUUCCAAACCCUCAUGAGGUCGCCACCGAGAAGGAACUGUCUAACGGAACAAUCAUGUGAACGAACUUCGGCUGCCGUAGGUAGUCGCAAGCUUCGAGAAAGCUCAUAAGACAAAGUAUCGCUUGAGCACACGUCAGAGGUUUCGAGUCAUGAUGAAUGGGCCCCAUUAGGUGUGAAAAGAGUUUUCAAGCUCACGUUUAGCUGCAUGAUUGAGGAUGACCUUGGGUAAGGGCGGAGGGGAAUGUCCAUUGUCCAGUCUAUGUAAUCAUGGCAUGGGGGAAGCAGUAGUUUGUGCGCGAUUCUAGUCAGGUCAUGCUGAUAAGAAAGCAAUCGCUUGGCAUUGGUGUCAACUCACUUUGAAAUACUCAUCUUUUUCCAUCUUUC